CAAUCUUUGUGACGCCACGUCGACAGGAUUACAUCCGGGUUACUGCCGUGACCUUGGUUGGUUGUUCAUCAUGGCGGCCGUCGUCAGGUUGAGUUCUGUGUGCCGCAGAGGAAUUAAACCUCUGUUCUAUCAAAGCGCGUUGCUGGUCAGGCCGCUGGCUGUACCCCACAAACACCUGGAGCAGCCGAACCUGCUGACGGCGAGGAUUCAUUCGUCACAGAAUCUGAAGGCGAGUUCCACCUCCAAAGCGGCCUCUCUGCACUGGACGGCAGAGCGAAUGCUGAGCGUGCUGCUGCUGGCCAUGGGCCCUGUCGCUUAUUUCAACCCUGGUCCUGUCAUCGAUUACUCUCUGGCUGCUGCCCUGACCCUUCACGGACACUGGGGUCUCGGGCAGGUGUUGACAGACUACGUUCACGGGGACGCAAAGAUCAAGAUGGCCAACGCGGCUCUCUUCCUCCUGUCCACGAUCACCUUCACUGGUCUUUGCUACUUCAACUACAACGACGUGGGCAUAUGCAAAGCUGUCGCCCUGCUCUGGAGCAAGUGAAUAUGACUAUGGGCCGGGACGCUCAGGAAGACCGAAACACUGGUCCUGGCUGCGUGUUUAACAAACGAAAUCAGUGCGUUCUCUGUAAAUAUCAUUUUGACAAUAUUUCAUUGAUUCAAAAGUGUUUGUGUUCAUUGAUUCUAGCUUUGUCUUUGUGCAUUGAUUGGGCUGUUCCUGAGUAACCGUGGAACAAAUUUACGCUACAAACAUGUUUUAACAACACAGCCAUGACUUGAUCAAGUCUUAUGGAAUACAGCUGUCUGAGCUCUCGUUCAUUCUUUCUCAUUUGCGUCCUUUGUGUGGCUGAUCUCUUAAACAUGUUUACUUCCAGUGUGUGCACAUGCUGCCUUUUCUCUUACACCUAUCAGCAGCAGCACACACUAACCCCUGUUUGAAAACCAUUUCCAUGCCCCACCUAGUGUUUUAGUGUCAUUGCGACCAGGCUGUCCCUGCAACGCUGCGGCUGUACAGAGAGCCGUGGGCUCUGCUGUAGGAGCAGACAGCGUGUGCUUAUAUGAAGCUUUAUUAAUGCUCUGCUUGAAGGUUUAAUAAAGGUCAGACUGGCUAAAUCUUAUUUUAACCUUCGAGGCAGGAACAGAACAUGACUGCGUCUCUAUGGGGUCAUGUUAUACUUUGUAUGUGAAUCAGUUUCUGCUGCAAUCUGCAAAUUUCAAAGAAACAAAAAGGCUUUAAAAUAAAUGUUUAUUUGGAUCCUAAAUCAGUAAAAUAAGACUUAAUAUGGCAGUCCAUUACAUUCUAAUCUUGGAACAUGCAGUUAUACACAGUACACAUGUACAGUCUUUGCAUGCAGCUUCCACACCAGCACUUCUUUGUGUUUGGCUGGAGUGAGUGUGAUGUCACAACACCUGUGCAGUAAACAUGUUUUAUUCCAGCUUCCA